UUCCUGUCAGGGGGCACGCACGCACCACGGGCCCUUGCGUGGCUACGCACUUCCGGUCCUCUCCGAGGUUCCCCCCUCUCUGCUCCUCACCGUCGCGCCGCGAACUGGAUGUUUUGGUAAAAAAAUACGGUGUCGAAAAGGGACGUGAACACGUUUUACACAUGACGCCCGGAGCGAGCGGGGCCUAAAGCGGCGCGGCGGCGGGAAGAGGCGCGCGUGCGGCGACGGUUUCCGCUCAACUCGACAUCUCGUAUUCCUCCGCAUGUCCGCUUUCUUCGUAGAUGGUCUCCGGCGAGCGUUGUCUGGCGGAGGACGACGAGUUCUCGACGAGUAACAUGAAGGAGAUGAUUGGGGGUUGCUGCGUGUGCUCCGACGAGAGGGGCUGGGCGGAAAACCCGCUGGUGUACUGCGACGGACACGGCUGCAACGUAGCCGUGCACCAAGCUUGCUAUGGCAUUGUACAGGUACCCACUGGUCCUUGGUUCUGUAGAAAGUGUGAAUCUCAAGAGAGAGCUGCCCGUGUGAGAUGUGAGCUGUGUCCCCACAAAGAUGGAGCACUAAAGAGGACAGACAACGGAGGCUGGGCCCAUGUAGUUUGUGCCCUUUACAUACCUGAGGUUGAGUUUGCGAAUGUGUCAACUAUGGAGCCUAUAGUUCUCCAGUCUGUGCCACAUGAGCGCUACAACAAGACAUGUUAUAUCUGCGAGGACCAGGGCAGAGAGAGUAAAGCAGCCACUGGAGCCUGUAUGACCUGCAACAAACAUGGCUGCAGACAGGCCUUCCAUGUCACAUGUGCCCAGUUUGCAGGGCUGUUAUGUGAGGAACAAGGAUCUGAUGCAGACAAUGUCAAGUACUGUGGAUACUGCAAAUACCACCACAGCAAAUUGAAACACAAGGAGCGAGAUAGGCACAAACCAAAACACAAGAAGGCCCCCAUGGACAUGUCUCCAUCCCUCGUCCUUCCAAAUAUCAUGGUCCCAGACAAGACCUUCAACAGCAGCAGCUCAGGGGUAGGCGUCCCCUCCCUGCCGUCAUCCGCGCAGAAGCGGCUCGAUGACGGCACUGCUCGUUUCACCAACGCCAACUUUCAGGAAGUGUCUGCCGUGCUCUCCAGCGGCGGCUCCAAAGACGGCCUGGCUGCAGACACUGGGAAAACGGCGGCUGAGGUGAAGAAUAAGAAGAACAGCGGCGGGAGUCACACAGUGGGACAGAGGGGCGGCCGCAAGUCUCUCACCUCCUCAGGGAAACCCCUUCCCUCCGCCGUGGUCACCAUGGCAACUUCCUCCACAUCUGCCUCUGCCUCCACUGGGCCUUUCCACCAAGGCCUCCUGUUGACCAGUGCCAGCAAGACCCCUUCUGCCCCUUCCUCCUCAGACUUCCUGAGUUUCUCUGACUCAUCCUUGCGUUCCGGGGGUGGAACUACCUUCUCCUCGCCACCAUCGUUCAGCAGCUGCCUUGUGAAGCCGAGCUCGGAAAGCGGAACUUCAGAGGGAACUACGACACUUUUUGGUUCUCUUGUGUCAGCUACUACAGCUUCUGCAGUGGGUGGGAAGCUGUAUGAGAAUUCCCACAGUCACACUGCAAGCGAGACGACAAGCCUCAGUGGGUCCACUGGAUAUAAACGGCCCCAGCCCUCUGGUCCGGGGCCGGGCAUCGGCGGAGCAGUGGCGGGAGGAGGGGAAGAUGGGGUGAAGAAGAAAAAGAAGGGCAACUGGCGAAACAGAUUUGGACCUUGCUUCACUACGGAUGUGACGCCCUCAGAGCCAGCUCCCUCCCUGACUCUCCCUACCUCCUCCACAGCCAACACCUCCACCUCCUCCCCCUCGCCCUCUUCGUCCUCGACGCUCUCAGGCCGGCCGGGCUUAGUCUCCAGCAGUGGAUUAGGAGUGGGAGUCGGAGGAGCAGGAGCAGGAGGAGGAGCAGGAGAGAGGGGGCUGGGGGUCAUGGGUGUCAGUGGUGGGAUUCAAAAGUCCCCGUCACUCCUCAGGAAUGGGAGUCUGCAAAGCAGCAGUGGCUCCACAAGCACUGGGCCAGGUGUUUUCUCUGGUGCUGAUGGUUCAACGACGGGGACAGGGGCGGUCACCGUGGGCGUGUCCAGCUCAGAGUUGUCCCAGCAACAGCAGCCCACGCCCUCUCUUCCCCCUCCCUCUCCAUUCACCGCCACCGCUCCGCUAACCAGCACAGCCUCCCCACACGUGAGCGGUAUGCCGGGGUCCGUCUUCAACCUCGCUCCCUCCCACAUGUUUGGCAACAGGCUGAACCCCAACUCGGCCAUGGCAGCGCUCAUCGCCCAGUCCGAGGCCUCACCAGCAGAUCAGGAGGUUGGAGACAGCAGCAGCGUUGGAGCGCAGGGCUUCUCCAUAAGAGCUUCUCCCAAGACCACCCCGCGCUCUCCCAUUGGUGGCCUGCAGAUCCGCUAUGACUCCUCGGGGUCGUUGCCGGGGCCGGGUCUGGGGUUGCUAGGGGCGGGGGGAGGCGGUGGGGAGACGCCGCUCCCAGUGGCCACCAGCAUAGAGCAGCUCCUGGAGCGGCAGUGGAACGAAGGGCAGAGCUUCCUGCUGCAGCAGGGAGGGCAAGGAGAUGUGGUGGGGAUGUUGAAGUCGCUCCACCAGCUUCAGGAGGAGAACCGGAGGUUGGAGGAGCAGAUCAAAACUCUGACUAUGAAGAAAGAGAGACUGCAGCUUCUCAGCGCUCAGCUAUCAGUGCCUUUCACUCCCACCACAGCCUGCUCUGAUGUGAAAGGAGCCCAGCUUGGAGGCACCGACUCAUCAUUACCUGUUGCAGCUCAGGACAGCACGUCUUGUGGUGGCCACAGCAGUAGUGGCUCCACCUCCUCCCUCUCCACGCCUCCCUCCGUCUCCCAGAGCCCGCCCCAGCCCCAGCUCAAUGGAGUCGCCGCUGUGGGGGCAAACCCGGCCGGGCUGGGCGGGGUAGCGGGGCUGAUGGGUGCACUUGGCCCAGGCAGCGCUCUGGGCAUUGGGGGAAUCGUUGGGGCGCUGAACGGGGUCAUUCAGACACCGGCGUGCACCGGCAGCCCUCACCAGCACACAAGUGGAGCAUCUACCGGCGUCACGUUGCCGGUCAAUAACAGCAGCUCAACAACUAGUAAGAACAGUGCUGCACAGCUCGGUCUGUUGUCGGAGCAUCACAGACUCCUCCUCCAGCAGCAUCAUCUCCAGCAGCUGCUGUCCUCGCAGCCUUCAGCGGAGCAGCAGCAGGUGCUGCUCUACCAACUGAUGCAGCAGCAGCAGGACCUCCAGCAGCUGCAGACCCUCUCCUCCUCGUCGCAGAUUCCCUCCAUCCCGCUCUCCUCCGCUCAGCUUCCCAUCAACAACCUGCUACCCGGCGCCCAGAACCAGAGCCAAGGCACCAUCACGGCCAACCCCUUCCUGGUGCUGCAGCACGCACACACUGACAUGCACGCUUCAGGGGUGCAGAAGCCGCGGCUCGCUGAAAAGGCCGUGGGCAUUGCAGGGCAGGAAAAGACAUGACGGCAGAUGUUCUGUCGUUUUUUUCCUUUUUAAUAAAUAUGCAGAGUUUUGGGGAGAUCGGCCUGUUGGUCAACUUUGUUGUUCGGUGACGAGGACACUGGCAGAAAAUUCUGCGUCUGGGUAGAUAAUUCUUUAGAACGGUCUGUGCUAACACGUUAACACACACUGUGGUGAUUGAUAACAGAAGACAAAAGUAAGAAUUGCAUUUUUUUUUGUCUUUUUCCUUCACCAACUCAUUCUUUUUGCAACUUUUGUCAGGUUUUUACACAUAAAUUUUGUGUAAUUUUGUUUUAUUUAUUUCCAUCCAGUCUUAGAUUUCUUAGUUUGUAGCUGUAGCGCUGCUUCAGGUUCUUAUUUUCACUGCUGAGAUGAUGAUUUUCAUUUGAUAUCACUGAUAGUUAGUUUGUGUUGUGUCACCGGAGCACAGGGUGAUUUGUGUUCUCUCCUCAACAGGUGAGGUGUCAGAUGUGCUUCCACGGAACAUUUCCUUGAAUUAUUUCUCUUAACAUUUUCUUCACUUUUCGUUUUUUCUUUCUCUCGUGUCUCCCGUGCGGUGUCACUACUAUUUCACUCUCAGGGGCCUCAGCUAACCAGAGUCGUGCACUCAGCACACAAGCUUGCACACACAGAACUACAAAUAUACAAAAAGAAAGAUAGCAGAAAUACAUUAAUAUUUAAAACAAAAAAAACUACAAGUCCCUACUACAAAGACUUAACAGUAGCAGAUGCAUGUUUGACAUCUGUCUCACAGCAAGUCCCUCGGGGAAUAUUUGGUGAAAGGCUCCUGGGGGAAAAAAGAAAAGAAAUCCGACAUGUUCUUGCCACUGCCUCUCUCUCCCCGUGUGUUUCCCUCCGUUUGUGUAGAUCCAUUAAUGUCAGUGAGCCAAGUCUCGUACGGUCACCACAGAAGCCUUGCUUUACACUGUCUCCUCUCUGGGCCAGAAACAGGGGGCUCACUCAGGGAAAUGAAAUGGAAGAAAAGAGAAAUAUAGCAAGUUGAAUGUUCAAGAGGGACGCAUCAAUCCACACAGCACACGCUUGCAAAGAAACGAUCGAGUUGGUUGUCAGCACAUGGAAACACGUCACAUUUCAUCCCCCUGAUUGAGCCCCCUGCUGCACCUACCUCUCAAGCAGGACCAGCCUAUCAGGACCUAAAAUAUGAGGCCGACGUCAGCGGCCGCCUCACGACCCCUCAGCAGUCAGGACUGGCCAAUCAGGGUCAAAGCCCAAGUGCCUGAGGCCAAGGCGGGAUUUAUUUCCCCCCUUUUUUUCUUUUUUACCUGUGUCCCUGUCACUCAGCCCAAAUCUUCAAAAACCUUUCUACCAAUUAAGCUGCGUUGCUUCGCAACAGAUGACAGAAACACUCAGUGGCGUCUUUUUAAUGAAACCAGGAACGAUGAUGAUUCUGCUGCAUUCUCUUCUAUCAAAGCCAACUUGUAUUGUGCUUUUUAUUUAUUUGGAGUUUGUUUGUGUAAUGGGCGUAAGAUGAAAUAUUUUAAAAGCCCGCUGGUGUUGCAAUUUAACAUCAUUUUGUACUACUGUGUAAAGUUUUUGUCUUCUGUUUGUUAUUUUCUUCGUACAGUCAGAUGUUGCUGUAAACCCUUUUUGAUGACUUUUCUGUGUCAUGUGUUUGAAAGCUAGAAGUUACUUGAUAGCUGGCUGAUAGGGACGAGGGGGUGUGCUUGUACAUAGCGGUUUGUUUGGGUGGGAUCGGGUGGGUGGAAACGUGUCAGGGGACAGUGGCACAGUUUUUACCUCGUUAAGUGUAAAUAGAACCUUUCUCAUUGGCCGUUGAUGUGUACAUAUGUGAUUGUGAUUGGCCGCGCUGGUGUGAAGGAAAGCCAAUGAAGCCUCAGUUUGUGUGUGUAGAUCUUUAGGACCAGACAAAAAAAAAUAAGGUUGACAGUGACUGGACACACAAAGUAUUAAUUUAUUUUUAUAUGUGCAGGGACAUUGUGUUAUUAUUUUUUUUUUUUUUGCACCAUUUUAUUGAUGAUAAAUUCAUUUUAUACGCUG